AUGCCUCCCAUGACUGCAGCAGGUAUGUUUCCCAUGACUGCAGCAGGUAUGCCUCCACCCAAUGCUGGAGGUAUGCAUCCACACAUGUCACCACAAUUGCAGCCUUCAGCAAAUGUAGAUGAAAUGCACAAUCCAACGGAUGACGAGGUAGAGGAGGUAGCAAUUGUUGGUGGUCCAUCAAAUGGAGGUAGGAAAAGAGGGGGCAGUAAUACCAAAUUGGCCAACUUUGCAGUAGAGGAAGAUGUCAACAUUGUGAGGUCAUGGCUAGAGAUAAGUUGUGACCCAAUUGUGAACACUGGCCAGAAGAGAGACAACUUCUGGGAUCGUGUUAUGAAACAAUACAAUGGGAGGCGGGGUUCAUUCCCAAAAAGGACGUUGAGGUCUGUCCAGUCUCGCUGGGAUAAGAUCAAACAAGAAGCAACGAAGUUCACUGGGUACGUGGCAAAGGCUAUUCGGGAUGACGCUAGUGGGACAUCGGACGCUGAUAAGACAACCUUAGCAGCAUCCGACUUUGCUGCUAUUGAGGGAUACAAUUUUCAGUUCAUGCAUUGCUGGGACCUGAUGAAGGAUGAGCCCAAAUGGCAAGACGUAAAGCAGAGAAGUUCGAAAACAGUUGGUUCUAACACUAUUGACUUGGAUGGGGAUGAGGCAUCACCAGCAGGCACCGGCAAGAGGCCAAUUGGUAGGGAUGCAGCAAAAGCUUGCAAGAAGAAGUGUCCAUCUGGAUCGACAUCAUCUUCGGAAUACGCUUCCAAUCUGCAAGACCUCUCAUUGCAAAAGAUGACAAUGUGGCAAGAAGAAAAUUCAAAGAAAGUAAACCGCUUUGACCAUCUUGCAAGUAUUGAAGAAAAGAGGUUCGAUGAGAUGCGUGAACACAACAAGUCCAUCCUACAGCUUGAGGAGGAGAAGAUAAAGAUCAUGCGCGACAAACUCAAUAUGCAGAUGCAAGAGAAGGAGAGGGAGAGACUUGAAAGAGAGAAGCAAGAAGAUGAGAGGAUUCUUAAGGUGGACCUUGAUUCUUGCGCACCUGAGCUUCGCAUGUAUUACGAGGCGCUUCGUGAGGAGAUACUGCACAAGGUGUCAGCAAGAAGGCAGAGGAGCCGCCAAGUGUGA